AUGACGCUGCUUACUCUCUGGGAGCAAUGGUUUAAUGCAAAGAAAAAGAAAUCCGAAGAAGAAGAUAAAGACAGCGAGAUAGGAGUGGUCGCGCCUUCGCGUCGCCGGCCACCGCGGACCCGGCGAGUGUCGCCCGUCGCGGUGGAGAAACAGCUCCCGAACGGAGACAUCUACAUCGGAAGCUCGUUGGGGAAAGAGCCUCACGGCCCCGGAAAAUACCUAUGGUCGGACGGUUGCAUGUACGAGGGAGAGUGGAAAAAGGGAAAGGCUUCCGGCAAUGGAAGGUUCUCGUGGCCGUCGGGGGCAACCUACGAGGGCGAGUUCGUUGACGGUCGGAUGGACGGUUACGGAACACUCAUUAGCGUCGACGGGAACACGUACCGUGGGUUGUGGGUUUCCGACAGGAAACACGGGUUCGGCAAGAAAUGUUACGUUAAUGGUGACGUGUAUGAAGGGUCAUGGAAUUGCAACUUGCAGGAGGGUGAGGGGAGGUAUAUGUGGAAGAACGGGAACGAGUAUGUUGGGGAGUGGAAGGGUGGUGCAAUAUCGGGGAAGGGGGUGAUGACGUGGCAGAACGGCAACCGUUACGAAGGGUAUUGGGAGAACGGGGUUCCGAAUGGGGAAGGUGUUUUCACUUGGCGUGAUGGGAGUCCCUGUUCUGAGGUUGAUGAGGUUGAUGGGGAUGUUAAGAAACCUGGUCAUACUGUAUCCAAGGGACAGAAGAAUUACGAUUUGAUGCUUAAUCUUCAACUGGGUAUCAGAUACUCUGUUGGGAAGCAUGCUUCGAUGCUGCGAGAGCUUAGGCCUGGAGAUUUUGAUCCAAAGGAGAAGUUCUGGACGACGUUCCCUUCGCCUCCUCAUUCGUCAGUGAACUUCAGGUGGAAAGACUACUGUCCUGUGGUGUUCAGACAUUUAAGGGAAUUAUCUGCCAUAGAUCCCGAGGAUUACAUGCUUUCUAUUUGCGGCAGUGACACACUUAGAGAGAUGUCUUCCCCUGGCAAAAGCGGGAGCUUUUUUUACCUCACUCAGGACAACCGGUUUAUUAUCAAGACCUUGAAGAAGUCUGAAGUCAAGGUGCUCAUCAGGAUGCUUCGAAGUUACUAUCAACAUGUUUCUCAGUACAAGAACUCCAUGGUAACAAAAUUCCUGGGCUUACAUUGUGUCAAACCUAUUGGAGGUCAGAAGACUCGGUUUGUUGUAAUGGACAAUGUAUUCUCUUCGGAGUAUCGGAUUCAUAAGCGGUUUGACCUCAAAGGUUCUUCUCAUAAGCGCACAACAGAUAAACCGCAGGAGGAGAUUGAUGAGACUACCACUCUUAAAGACCUUGAUCUUAGUUUUGUCUUUCGCCUGGAAAAGUCUCGGUUUCAAGAGCUUAAAUGGCAAAUUGAUAGAGACUGUGAAUUCCUGGAAGCCGAGGGGAUAAUGGAUUACAGUUUUCUGAUUGGCCUUCAUUUUCGUGAUGAUUACUCACUUGAUGAAAUAAAAAGUUCACCAAAUGAGUUGUGUUCAGGCAAGAGAGUUAUGCAAAACGAUGAGAUGCAGGAUAUGAAGCGGAAACCCAUAGGCCGGGAACCUCGGCUGGGAACAAACAUGCCUGCCAAAGCUGAGAGAGUAUGUAAAGCUGGAUUGGAUCAGCACACAAGUACUGGAAGUAGCAAUUCUACCCCUUCAGAGAGUAAUGGUGAGAUCUCGGAUGUAAUCCUCUACUUUGGUAUCAUUGACAUUCUCCAAGAUUAUGAUAUUAGCAAAAAGCUAGAGCAUGCAUACAAGUCACUGCAAGUCGAUUCAACCUCGAUCUCAGCCGUUGAUCCCAAGCUAUACUCCAAAAGGUUUAGGGAUUUCAUUCACAGAAUCUUUGUAGAGGGCAAAUGA